AAAAUUUUAGCAUCAACAAAAUUAUAAGCAAUUUGAUGCGACCAUCAUAAUUGAAAAUUAAAUUUCUUGCCUGGCAAUGAUAUUCAUUCACUGUCAUUUAAAUGUCACCCCCUCUCUUUCCAACAAAAUUCCAUACGCGCAACGCAUAAUUCCUCUCUUAUGCCAAACAAAAAUCCGGAGUGGAAAUCCAAAUGUAUUCAGUAUAAAACUAAUGGUUGUUUGGGAAGUGAUUACUUUGGUGUUGUUUGUAUUAAAAAAUAAUACAUAAAUAAUGACAACUUGUUAUAAAAGAUUAUCAUUCUCAAACGAUGAAGAAUACAAAUUAAUUGAAUUUAUAAAAAAACAUCCGGCACUUUGGGACGCUAGCCAUAGUGAAUAUGGAAAUUCUGAUAUACGAAAAUUAUACUGGCAAAUGCUAGCAAAACAAUUGAACAAAACAGUUUUUGAAGUUCGACGUAAAUGGCGUUUUGUCCGCGAUUAUUACAUUCAUAAGAGACGCAGACAUCCAGAUAGCACACCACAACGUGAUGGAAAAUAUUACAGUUUACAAUUUCUCAAUAAAAUUAAAGUUUGUUCAAAGAAAUUUCCCCUCAAUUCUGAUUCAAUGAAUCAAAUAAAAUUAAAAACUAAUAAAAUUAACGUUACAAAGAAUGUUGAUAAGAUCGAAGUUGAUUAUGUGGAUUCUGAUGAAGAAAUUGAUUAUGAUUUUUUAGAUGAUCCAACUUUUGAAAAAAUCACAGUGGAACGUCUUGGUAAUGAACAAAAAUAUGCGACCACAACGCCAUCUAAUAUCACAGAUGGCGAUGAUAACUCCCAGCAACAUGAUGCAGAGAUAAAUGAUGACAAAUCUGAUGAUUUUGUAUUUAAAGAAGAUUACAUUGAUGAAUCGUCAGUUGCGGAACCAGAAGAUUUUGCCAGAACUAUUGAAGAAAUUGAUGCAGAAGAAGCACAAAUAGAACACAAUGUUAUUGAGACUAAUAAUGACAAUGAAAAUACAACAACUUUUGAACAAACAAGUAAACAAACAGAUCGAGAUAGUGCAUCUGCAACAAUGUUGCAUGAAAAGGCAAUUGAUCUUUUCUUUGAAAGUAUGGCUGCAGCAGUUAAAACAUUUCCACCACAAUAUGUUGCCGAAGCUAAAUGUAAAGUUUUUAUGGCUUUUAAUGAAGUUGAAUCUAAAGUUUAUCAGAAUGCAAAUAAAAAUUAAACAAAGUAC